CAGUAAUAAUAUUACUUUAUAAUUUAUAAAUAUGCGCCCAUUUCUUAUUUUAUAUCUAAGCUUCAUUAUCAGUUUUAUAAAUUGUAAUAAUGAAGAAGAUGAAUCAGAUUUAUCGAUCAUUACUGAAGAAUUAAUGAAUGCUGGUUUCGAUUAUGCUAAUCUAUUACAUAAAUGGUUUGAAAAAAAUAUUGGAAAAAAUGAAAUUAAAAUAAUUAAACAAAAUUUAGCGAAAUUUGGAAAAUUAGCAUUAAAUUUUAUUGAUUCAACUAUACAAAACUUAAUUAAAGAUGAUGAUGAUGGUGAUAAUGGGGAUUAUGAUCAUGAAAAUGAAUAUAAUGAUUCACAACUAAAACAUAAUGAAUUAUAAAAUCAAUAAUUUUGCACUGUAUAUACAUAUACAUAUACGUUAUUUUGUAAAAUAGAUUAAUGUUUCUUUGAUUGAAUUAAAAAUAAACUCCAUAGAUAAAAAA